AUGCUUGAAGGUAAAUUCGACGAGGCCAGUCUCCUCAAAAAAAUUGUUGAGUCCAUCAAGGACUGUGUGAAACUCUGCAACUUCAAUUGCACAGAACACGGAAUCACCGUUCAAGCAGUGGACGACUCCAGAGUGUUGUUGGUCUCUCUUUUGGUGGGACUGUCGGCCUUCUCCGAAUACAGAUGUGACCGUGACAUCACCUUGGGAAUUGACUUGGACUCGUUCUCCAAAAUCAUCAAGUGUGGUAACAACGAGGACUACUUGACGUUGUUGGCCGAGGACUCUCCAGACAACGUGAUGACCAUUUUCGAAGACAAGAAGAAGGAGAGAGUCUCGGAAUACUCCUUGAAGUUGAUGGACAUCGACUCCGAGUUUUUGCGUAUUGACGAUAUGGAGUACGAGUCUGUGAUCAACAUGCCAAGUACCGAGUUCUCCAAGAUUGUGCGUGACUUGAAGAACCUCAGUGAGUCGCUCAACAUCACUGUGACCAAGGAUCUGGUGAAAUUCAGCGCAGAGGGCGAGUCGGGCACUGGCUCUGUUGUGUUGAAGCCAUACACAGACAUGGAGCGUCCCGAGGAGUCUGUGUCGGUCAACUUGGAGAACGCUGUUGACUUGACCUUUGGCUUGAAGUACUUGAACGACAUCAUCCGUGCUACCGCUUUGUCGAGCACCAUCACCAUCAAGUUGGCUGACAAGACUCCUGCCUUGUUCGAGUACAAGUUGGAUGCUGGCGGCUACUUGCGCUUCUACUUGGCCCCUAAGUUCGAUGAGGAUGACUAA